UUAGCUAAUAUUGCAUUUCUGGACGAAGACGACGUGUUGGCAUACAAGGAAGUUGCCGUUAACCAGCCAUUUGAAUUAGGAGGAGACAGUUUCGAACUGAGUGGCCUUGAACCAUAUAUUUACCUACGCUAUAAUUGCAACAAGGGAUACCAAGAGGAAGUAAUAAAUCUUGGUGACACUCAGUUGAAGGACCGGACAUUCUAUCUACGAAAGAAUCUUGAUACUGGAGCCACA